GUUUCUGACGAAGAGGGCACCGAGUGAGCAACAGACCUGCCAGUUCCUCUGGCCAAACAUUGUCGCAGCUGGCGAAGGCCGUCGGGCCUGCCGAGGCGUGGAAGAGGCCAUAGAGAGCUGGACGGCCGACACAGAGGCUGAGCAGCCCACGCCGGGAAUUGAUGUGCGGAAGCCUGAGAUUGCCGAGGAGCUUCUGAACCGGGAGCUCGACGAGUCUUGGUUCGAGUGGCCGAGGCAGCCAACAGCGGAAAGCGCACACCACUUCCUGAAGAAGUUGCGGAUGGGCUGGAGCAGAGACACCAACACCAACGGUGAGAGCAGGCCAUCAGUCGUCGGAAUGCUGCUGGAUAUCGACGGCGCCACCCUAAAACCCUACUGCGCCUCCCCUCUCUCGCCACCAGCAAGGCAUAUUGCUGACCCAGAGGUUUGUGUGACUAUCCUUGGUGGGCCAAAGGGCAUCUCACCCAGGUUCAAGGCUUGUCUGCAAGAUGUCUUUGGCACGCUGGCCGUCCCGUUGCUGAAGGUGCGGCUUGGCCCUGAAGAAGAGAUGGCGCAUGCCUGUUUGGCAUAUUUGCGGCUACAGGAUGACGCAGGCCUUCUCAAGGCUGCAGUCACUGACCUGCUCCGUCUCGGGCCCUCGCGAUAUGCAUCCCUCAUCGCCUCGUCCGAGCGUGCGCUUUACAGUCUGGCAAGGAGGAUCGCACUCCGCCGAUUUCAAGGCAAGCCGGUGGCGCAAUGCCGCAAAACGAGGACAAAGCAUCGAAGUCGAGAAGCGACGCGCAGAACGAGAGCAAACGAUGCAAGCCGGAAAUCGAGUCUGUGCAUACUGUGUGCAGCUUCAUGUGGGUUGUAG